AUGACUUCAAAAAUCGAAGAGGAUACUAAUGGGACACCUCAAGCGUCAUCCUCAUCUAAUAAAAAUUCUUCUAAACCAAACGCAUUUACCGAAUUAAUGUCGAGUUCGCGAUCCAAACGCCCUAAUUCCUCCCCGACAUCCUCCCCUCCUCCUAAAAAGAUUGCGAAUUCGAAUCCUUUCCACUUUGGUCGAGCGGGCCUCGGAGCUUACUUAUCAGACCCCUCAUCACAUCCUGCAUCACUCAUGAUCUAUCACAACUCUUCAUUUGUAGCGAUUCAUGACCUUUACCCUAAAUCUUCGGUUCAUGCCCUCCUAAUUCCACGAGAGGAGAAAUGGAAUAGUAUGCACCCGAGAAUAGCACUGUCCAACCCUGAGUUCCUCGAAAUGGUGAGACCGGAAGCAGAAAAGUUGAAGGGAAUAGUUGCAUCAGAGUUACGUCGAAAAUAUGGACCGGAAUCUGCAGAAGAUUUGCAAAGGCAAAAAAUACUUAACGGAGAAGUCAAUCUAGAUGAUGAUGCUGAGAUGCCAGAAGGUAGGAAUUGGGAAAAAGAUAUUAUGAUUGGGAUACAUAUGCAUCCAUCUAUGGAUCAUCUUCAUAUUCAUGUUCUUUCCGUUGAUCGUUAUUCUUCAUGUCUGAAGAAGCGGAAACAUUAUAAUUCAUUUGCUACACCAUUCUUCGUCCAUUUAUCAGAGUUUCCUUUGUCUGAGGAGAGACAAGAAGCUCUCGAUAGGAAAGGACAAGGUAAAGCAUGGCUAGAAGAUAAUUUGAAAUGUUGGAGAUGUGGUAUGCAAUUUGGAAACAAAUUUGCUAGGUUGAAGCAACAUUUGGAGUUGGAGUUUGAUGAAUGGAAAAAACAAUAA